AUGUCCACACCUCAGUCAGAGGCACGGAGUCGUGGACGACCUCCGAAAUUGAGAACCGUGUGCACCUGGUGCGGUGAAACAAAGUUACCUCUAAAAUAUGUUCUGCCUACGCAGCAUGGCAAAAAAGAAUUUUGUUGUGAAACUUGCUUAGCAGAGUUUCGUAAAGCCUACGUUCGUGGAGCUUGUGUACAGUGUGACAAUGUUAUACGGGGAACACCAGUCAGGCUGGAGCAAAGAAACGAGCCUCCAAAAGACUUCUGCUCCUCGAUGUGCCUGAACAGGCAUCAGAAGAAGGAAACUCAAGAAGAACCCAAAAAGGUUAGCGAGGAGCAGCCGCUGAUUGCAACAUCCCCAGUGCCAAAUUCUAAUAACAAACAGCUUAACGCUCAAAAUCAUCCAGCCUCCACGUCAAGUGGUUCCUUUCAAUAUGAGACUUAUCAAACCUUUGAUUGGGAUUCAUACUUGAAAGAAACCAACAGUACCGCAGCGCCUAUCGAGUGUUUUAAGCAACAUGAAGAACCACCCACAAAUGAAUUUCAGAUUGGGAUGAAACUUGAAGCAUUAGAUCCUCGUAAUGUAACCUCUACUUGUAUAGCUACCGUAGUGGGACUACAUGGCCCAAGGUUGAGAUUGAGAUUGGAUGGAUCAGAUAAUAAGAAUGACUUUUGGAGAUUAGUGGAUAGUAAUGAAAUUAAUCCAAUAGGUCAUUGUGAAAAGUCUGGUGGUAUGUUACAACCACCACUUGGUUUUCGCAUAAAUGCCUCUGGAUGGCCUAUGUUUUUAUUGAAAACCCUUAAUGGAGCAGAAAUGGCUCCAGCUAAAGUAUUUAAACAUGAACCGAAAACACCCCGUUGGAACAUGUUUCAAGUUGGGCAAAAGUUAGAAGCCAUAGAUAAGAAGAAUCCUCAAUUAAUCUGUACAGCAACUAUUGGCGCUGUAAAGGAUGACUCAAUACACAUAACAUUUGACGGUUGGAGAGGAGCCUUUGAUUACUGGUGUAAAUUUGAUUCCAGAGAUAUUUUUCCUUGUGGAUGGUGCGCAAAAAGUGGCCAUCCAUUGCAACCACCAAGAGCAAAAUCAACAGGACCGAACCGUUUUAAGUCAAGGACGAGCAAUGUACUUCCAGUUAUGGCUGUAUCUGGAAGUGGAAGUGGAAGAGAGCCAGCCGUGGCCUUAGUAAGUCCUGCAGGUUCAAGCGCACCACCACAGCCAGCAACAGAGCCAGAUACAAGUACAACUAGUAAUAAAACAGUAUCUAUUGAAAAUAUCAAUUUUUACGUCAAUCACAAUUGUUCAUGCGGCCCCUAUUUUGAUCCAAGAAAAGUUAAAGCAUUGCCUGCUCAGUUUAGCGGACAAGCACAGUCAGUUAUUAAAGAUAUCUUUCAAGCAUUUUUAAUGGCAGCUAUAAGUCCACGGCAAAUAUUAAGUUUGUUCAAGCGUGGUGAAGGGGAAAGUAUUACUUUAACUAUUGAAAGUAAGCCAACUACUGUUGUAUUACCUGUGUUUAUGGAAGAAGAAGACUUGUAUGUGUAUAUGAGAAGACAACUAGAAGAUCUGUGUGCAUGUGAACAUAUGUUAUCAAAGAAAAAAGAAACAUGUAAAAAGUGUCCAGUUGGCCAUCAAAACUUUGUGAAUAGAGAAGAGUUAAGCAAUGGCACAGCAGAAAAAAGGAGAUGGUCAGCAGAAAAUCAAGAAAAUCCAACGACUACACAGCAACCUCAAGUACAAAAGAAUCCCGAGCCACCUGCGAGUCAGCAUCCUGUGGUGGAGCCAACGCCAGCUAAGCAGCCCAAGAAAUCUGGUCCUGAAUUUGAAGCAGCUACAUCGACCACACAGAAUGAAAAUCCAAUACAACGAGUGCAGUCGGUUGAACCAGCUGAAUGGACUAUCGAAGAUGUGAUACAAUACAUAGCUAUGACUGAUCCUGCCUUAGAGCAGCAUGCCGACCUUUUUAGGAAACAUGAAAUUGAUGGAAAGGCUUUACUACUUUUGAAUUCCGAUAUGAUGAUGAAGUAUAUGGGAUUAAAGCUUGGGCCAGCACUAAAAAUUUGUAACUUGGUUAAUCGUAUUAAGGGUAGACGGCAUUUAAUACUGUGAUUAUCUCAUUCGCACAUGAAGUUGUAAAUCUACCGAGACCUGCAUAGUUUUUUGCAACUUAUCAUAUUAUGUUUGAUCUUUUUUCAGUUUUGUUGAAUAUGUACCUUAAAGAAAGAUGUACAGUUAAAAUCGCAUCAAAAGUGAAUUUUCGAAAUUCUCAUAUAGUGAAAAAUAGUUAUAUUCACUAGUCACAUGUAGCUAUUUUGAGCAGUACAUAUUUCUUGAUUGUUUGUAUAAAAAUUAAUAAUAAAAAAUGUUUGCCAUUUCAAAUUUGUACACUUAAAACUGGAUUUCUUAAAAUAUGAACUAAUUUUUUUUGCAACUUUUACAAUUUAUUAGUAAUAAUGUUUUUUUAUAUUGUUAUUAUACACUUAAGCUAGAAAUGAUUUAAUAAGUGUUUCACAUGCAAAAGAAUUUUAAGAAAUUCAAUAUUUGAAUGAUUUUACUGUAUUUCUUAUUCAUAGAAUAUAGAUGCAGGAAUUUAAGUCAUUUAAAAACUUUUAAUUGUCAUCAGGGCUGAAUAUUAUAAAAGACAGCAUAAAUUGUAUAUAAAUCAUGAUUAACGAACAUUAAUCAUUUUUUUUUCUGUUUGUUGUAAUCGUUUAUUAAGAUUAUGAGAAAAUGCACUUUCUACAAUUUUGUUAAUUGUAAACAGAAAUCUUUUUUCAAGGUGAAGGUAUGCAUAAAAUCAUGUACUUUAAAGCAUUCGCUUUGAACGUUUACCAAAAAAGUUUUUGCAUGUAUUUUAUUUAUAAUGAUUGAAAAGUAUUAGUUUAAUUAAAUUAAUACCUCAUUCAAUCAUACUCCAAAGAUGUAACUUUGGUUUUUCAAAACAUUUUAUCACAAAUGAAGGGCUUGAAGUCAGGCACAAAAAUUAAGUAAUGAAUAGGUCUCUAUAUAAUUUAUUGUGUUUGAAAUGUAAUAAAAAUGAUAUCAACCUUCACAGAUAUUCAGAAUUUUUAUUCUUAUUCAGUAAAAAUAUGAACUGUGAUUCCUAAAAUAUUAAGGCGAAUCAGAAGUAGUACAGGAAAAAA